UGCCCAACAAGUGACUGAGGGAUUCGCCAACUGGAUUUACGUGUGGUAAUAAUGUACUACGGAUCGGGGAUCAAGAAUUUCAGAUCUUGGUGAUGUUGGGAUACCGAAAUAUAUAUCCAGCUUUUCCAGAUGAAGUACCCGUCAUGAUUCAGCGUCUGACUAAUGGGGAUGAAGAUGUUUCGUUGAUUGGGUAUUCCCAGACGAACAGCAGCUCCAGAGACCAAGAUUCAGAGAUUUUAUUUAGGAACAACUGGGUUUUCCUUCGGUCCUCAGUAGGUAGCAGGGCGUUUCUGUCCUUGAGUGAAAGCACACGAAUAGUCAGUGAACUGGCUCAUCCGUGCACAUCCGGUUCUCCGAGCCUCCAGGUAGACUUUCCACAAGACUUCUUCGGUGCCCAAUCUGAGAGCCAGGCUGACAUGGUCGCCACUUUACAGGACCUUAUCAUCGCCAUGAAAGAGGCCAAAACAUCUGUAAACAGAGCCAAUAUAGCCCUGAGGCGCAGCGAUGAGUCGGCUCGCUUCAAACACUACUUCCAGGGGUCGCAAGGUGACCCAAAUCCGGAAGUGUCGUCAGUAUUCAAGUCAUUUAAACAGAAUAUAAAAAUCGACUACAACCAAACGUCGAAGAUGUGGCUGAAUUUGAAUAGAUUCCAGCAAAUCGUGAAUGUGCGCCAUUCAACACUUACCCAAGCCCUUACGAGAUGCAAAGACAAGCUGGUCGUGGUUCUGUGUAAGCUUCAGACUGUGUUUCCGGAGGAGGACAUGCCGAUGGUUUCAGAGGAUGACACUGGAGAUCGCAUGACCUUGGUUCAGUUUCGGAAAUAUUUCAGGAACACGAUCAAUCUGUACAAACAUUAUAAAGCACACUUCAAGAGACAAAAUGUGAACUGUUAGACAUGCGGUCUUCCGGUCCAUAUAAUAAAAUAACACGUCUUCUUUGAAAUGAGUGGUGCUGUUUGUGUGGUCUCUGGCAGUCCUUUCGCAGUCAGAAACGCAAGUAUGCUUUGUUUUGUGGUAUUUCAUUGUUUACAUGAAUAUUUAUCAGUAACGUAAAGUUAUUAAAGAGACACUAUGCCUCAACUCAAUCUGGCAGAUGGGAGAUAACCUUAUCACAGAAGUGUACGUAGAUGCAGUUUAAGAUAAGAUUAAUAAUAUGAUGUGUUUGUAUAUAUAUGAACACCCUCAUGGGCGAUUAGACCACCUAAAUAUACAGACUGUAUAGACUAUACGUAGAGCUGAUUCUAUGCAGCAAACUCGGCAAAAGAAAGUGAAACAAAACUUUGAUGGAUGCUAAAAGUGAAACAAACACGACAUGCGAUGCAUUUGAAACGGGUCUAAUUAAAAUUAAUUAAAAAUCUGAUGUGGAUAGAGAGCUCUUAGCUAUGGUUCUAUUUUCGAAUUGGGUGUUAUGUUUCGGGCAAAUUUUGGGUCAAAUUCAAAGUGUACUUCAUUUGCCAGUCAGCGCAGCUCCAUUGUGAAACGUUAUUGUCUGGCUCUUGUGGAUUUGUGUCUUGAUAUUCAGAAUAUAAUCAUGUGUUUACGAAUGUAUAUACUGAAACUUCGCGAACUCAGUUUCGACUGAGCAAUGUCAAUAUGUAGAAUUACGUUAAGAAAGGAGGGCCAAUUCUAUCGGGUCGAAGUCCAACUGUACACCGAGUUAAAGGGAGAUUGAGUUAACGAGGUUUCGCUAUAAUAUAUUUGAGAAAAUCACGCUCCAGUUAGGAGCGUGGCAUGUGUUACGAGAGAUGAAUCGAAUAUGACGUCAAAAUAAGAUACAAUUGACAAUGUUCUCCAUUGUGAUAUAUACUUAGGGAAACAAAUAAGGGAACACCAAAUCAUGGCAAUGCUCCUUUGUUUAUUCUCAGAUUUCCUCCCGUAGCGCUAUUCAACGCUGAUUAUGAAAACCUAAAAAUAUAAAGGAACGUUUGAUUUUUCCUGUGUUCCUUUAUUUGUUUCUCUCAGUAUAUAUCUGGUAACUUGUACACGUCACCUGAUUCAUCGAUCUCAAAUGAUGCCUUGAAUUACAAGGAUAAAUCGACUAUAUUAGUCGGCCGUAAGCUGGUUAUUAUGAACCUAUAUCGAUUCUGCACUUUUGUUGUUGUUUGCUGAGUCGUGUUGCUAAAAAUAUUUUCAGGAAUCUCCGUAAACUAAAUGUUUUUUUCCUAUUACGCUGUUUCAAUGGUUGUGAAUGUUGUA